GGUGGAGUCAAUUUGUCACGUGAUCUUGUAUUUUUGUUCACUUCUUGCUAUUUUGUUUUUUGUUGUUGAUGUUCGUGCAAACACUGCAAACUGGAAUGGAAAAUAUAAAUAUGGAGAGUAAUAAACUGUGAAACAAUAGCAAAGCAAGCAUAAAACUGCGGAAAAAAUAGACACAGCGAUUUUGAAGUUAUCACCAAAACAAAAUAAAGGUAUCUAACGUUGUCGGGUAAAAUGCUAUACCCCAGGUUAAGAAAUAUAUUAUUUGUGAACAAAAAACUGGCUCAAUUGUGUCUGUGCAAUUUUUCAUCAAAAGAUCAGCCUGCAAGAUUUAUGAUGAAAUUGAUGAAAGGCUCCAAAAACCCAAAAUGGAAAAUGCUGAGAGAAAUUGAAAAGGCGCAAAGUAAAAGCCUCAUAUUUUCUGGAAUGAAGUGCUCGUUCACUCAGCUGCAAGGUUCACCACAGGGGAACGUUAGCUACAGACGACAAGGAGUGCUGAACUCUGUUUUCACAAGACACAUCGCAGACCACAUGUCCAUGUCCCAUCUUCAAGGUUUCGACAUUCAGCUAACCAACGUUAAAGUUGCAUCAGAUUUAAGUCAGGUCAAAGCCUUUUGGAUCAGCAGGACGUGUAUGACAGGGCACGACCUAUCAUUACAAAUGGAGCUCGACAAGUAUUCUCCGCAACUUCGGAGAGACCUUUCAGAUAUAAAAGUUAUAGGCUCUGUUCCUCCGAUCAUCUUUGUUCCUGAUAAAAUCUUGGCACAAGGAGCAGCUAUUGACCUGCUGUUGCAAACUGCUGAGAAGAGUGAAGAACUUUCAACUGAAUUUAACACUGAAGAAGAUUUGCCGCCAAUGCGUCAAGAUCUGUUAGGAUUGAACAGAGAACUUAUAAUGACAAAGGUUGCUAAAAAAUGCAUUAAGCAGUCGUCACACCCAAAGCAAGGAGUUAUUGUUGACACGGUUGAUACAAUAGAAAAUCUAAAUUCUGCCAUUGAGGAAUUUAAAAAGCUUCAAAAGAAGUCUUUGACAGAGAAAAAGUAUCAAGAAAAAAAGCUGAAAGACAUUGACUUUGAUGUCUACUUUGAUGUCUUUGAAAUAAGGAAUGUAACAUCAUCAACAGAUGACAUUGAAGACAAUGUCAAUGAGCUUCCUGAUUUUAUUAACGAUGAUGAUAAUUUCAAAAACUAAAAUAUUUUUGGGGUUGUUAGAAAUAAAAUAAAACAAUUAAAGUUUAUUAUUAUUUUU